AGCGAGUGUGCAACGCCCGCUUGGGUUCCUCCCACUGAUCCGCCGGGACGCGCGUGGGGUUCUCGGCUCGAUUCGCCGUCAUCUGGGCCUUUUAGCGGCGGCAACAGCAGCAAAACCUCCCCUCCAAAAUGCAGGAUCCUAAUGCAGAUACAGAAUGGAAUGACAUCUUGCGUAAAAAAGGCAUCCUUCCUCCCAAAGAAAAGCUGAAAGAGCAAGAACAGGCAGAAGAAGAAAAGGAGCAGCAGAUCCUCCAGCAAAAAUCAGUUGUUAAGACCUAUGAAGAUAUGACUCUGGAGGAACUUGAAGAAAAUGAAGAUGAAUUCAAUGAGGAGGAUGAACGUGCUAUAGAAAUGUAUAGGCAGCAGAGAAUAGCUGAAUGGAAAGUGUCUCAAGCAAAGAAUAAAUUUGGACAAGUUUUGGAGAUCUCAGGACAGGAUUAUAUUCAGGAAAUUACAAAAGCUGGCAAAAAUAUCUGGGUGAUAUUGCAUCUUUACAAGCAAGGUAUUCCUCUCUGUGCCUUGAUAAAUCAACACUUAAGUGGACUUGCCAGGAAGUUCCAGGAUGUCAAGUUUGUCAAAGCUAUUUCUACAACUUGCAUACCCAACUAUCCUGAUAGAAACCUCCCCACAAUCUUUGUCUACCUGGAAGGUGACAUCAAGGCCCAGUUUAUUGGGCCACUGGUAUUUGGAGGCAUGAAUUUGACAAGAGAUGAAUUAGAAUGGAAAAUUUCUGAGUCAGGUGCCAUUAAGACAGACCUGGAAGAGAACCCCAGGAAACAAAUUCAAGAUCAGAUGAUGACGUCCAUCAAGUGCUCUGUUCCAACAAAGAGAGAAGAAAGUGACUCAGAGGAGGAUUAAGGCCUCAUGUGCAGCUCUUUGCUGUGCCCAAUUACUCAGAAUUGCUCUUCAAUGAAACCAGAAUAUUUAUUGCUAUAAAAUAAUGUGUUUGAUUUCAGCCUAACAAAUAUCGGUGAUGGUAAAAAGAAACUUCAUUAUUCAUACAGGAAUAAAGUAAAAGCAAUUUUUAAACUUGGCAUGUCAUUGAAAUCACUUGUGAUGGACCAUCUUACUUACAAAUGUGGUAUCUGUUUGGACUCUUAAGUAAGUGUGGUAUACUCUCUUCUCUGCUGCAGUGUCACUUUAGGACUUGGUAAAAAUUGUAUGAUAAAUUUUGGAACAGCUACAUUGAUAGCUGUAGGCCUGUAUUGAUCAGUUUAACCUAACCUGCAGUAGGUUAAUAUUAACAUAAAGUUAUCUAAAUCAGUGGGUUUAUCUGCAUAUUUGUUUAAAAAUCCUGAAAUCCGUUCAAGUACAGGUAGUCCUCAACUUACAGCUAUUCAUUUAGUGACUAUUUGAAGUUACAACAGCACUGAAAAAGGGUAUUUAUGACCAGUUUUCACAUGACCGCUGCAGCAUCCCCAUGCUCAGGUAAUCAAAAUUUGGCCACUUGGCAACUGGCACAUAUUUAUGACAGUUGCACUGUCCCAGGGACAUGUAAUCAACAUUUGUAAAGUUCUCAGCUGUUCUCGUCAAUGGGAUAAGCCAAAUUCACUUAACAACUCUAUGAUUUAUUUAACAACUGCCGUAUGGACAUUUUCAAUUCAGUUGCGGUUGUAAGUAGAGGACUCUGUAAAGGAAAUACAGAACAGUUUGAAAUAAAAAUUGAGUCUGUUUUCCUCUUCUGUAUUCAUGAGCUAGACCUAAUUUAUAACAACUGUAACUAUACUUUAUGGGUCAUUAAAAAUAUAAUGAAUUUA